AUGGCAGAUAAAGAGCUAAUGCAGACGGAUCUACUGAAGAUUGCCAUUGAUAUUGAAAACAGUGUUCCAAAAAACAACUUUGAUCGGGUUCUUCCCAUCGUGUUGGUAGAGAAAAAGGACAGAUCAGAGGAAAGCGGUUUUUCACGAUUAGAUCUAUUGACGGACACGGCACUAGGUGAUCUUCUUAGUAGUGAGGUGUUCUGUUAUAUAGAUGACGUCAUGAUGUGCGCCAAAACUAAAGAAAGGCACUUAGAGCUUCUGAAACAAGUUCAUGAUCGCAUAAGGAGCGAACGGAGUAUACUGCACUCAAAAAUGCGAAGAAGUUGCGAAUAUUUCUGGGCAUGGCUUCGAACUAUAGCAAAUUUUGUCGGGUUCUCAUUUAGCGUGUUUUUUUGGAAUGACAUCACUAAAGGCAAAGGCUUUGGGACAAAGAGCAUAAUAAGGAAGAAAUAUGAAAAGAAUGAUAUCCACAGCUUUAGUUUUGUCGCAGCUUGUGUAGAUAAGGCAAGGGACAGUAGUAAGCCAUUUGUAAUUCGUACAGAUGCUUCCACGUACGAAUCAAGUGCUGUUUUGUUACGAGAUGGAGAGGACAAACAGUUGCAUCCUAUCCCUUCAUAA